UCCCGUACGAGGCGCAUGCGUGGUUCUUCUGCAUCGACAUGAGAAAGCCAAGCCGAAUUUACCUCAGUUCUGAAGUGGCCGGUUUGAGAAGGGCUGCCACGGGAGGAAUAAAUAUUUUUUUUUGUUCCUGAUCACGCGCCUGCGCCUCCCUUGCGUCCAGAUACCCAUAUUUCGGCACGACCCGCGACAACGUCACUGGAGGCUUGCUUCGUAGACGAUGUCGUACUGCACACGGAUUCUCGGCGGCCAGGUACGAUCGCGAUCACCGCUGGUCGUAUUCGCGGCAGACAUCCAACAAAGAUGUUUCAGUGUAAGCGCACUAAGUUCCGCUGCCGCGAAGGUGGCAAUGUCCAAAUUCGACUCGACGAGCUACCUUCCAUACGAUAAAUUGGAAGAGAAUCUCAAAGCUGUAAAGAGAAGGUUGAACCGGCCACUGACACUUUCCGAAAAAGUUUUGUACUCUCACCUCGAUGAUCCCAGCAAACAAGAGAUCGCCCGUGGCACCAGCUAUCUUAGGUUACGACCUGAUCGCGUGGCGAUGCAAGACGCAACAGCCCAAAUGGCCAUGUUGCAAUUUAUCAGCUCCGGAUUGCCGAAAGUCGCCGUCCCCUCGACGAUUCACUGCGAUCACUUGAUCGAAGCUCAAGUCGGCGGAGACAAGGAUUUGAAACGAGCCAAAGACAUCAACAAGGAAGUGUACAACUUCCUGAAGACAGCCGGCGCGAAAUACGGCGUCGGUUUCUGGAAUCCCGGCUCCGGUAUCAUCCAUCAGAUCAUCCUCGAGAACUACGCUUUCCCCGGUCUGUUGAUGAUCGGUACAGACUCCCACACACCGAACGGAGGUGGUUUGGGAUGUCUGUGCAUCGGUGUGGGCGGUGCAGACGCUGUCGACGUGAUGGCCAAUAUUCCAUGGGAGUUGAAAUGCCCGAAAGUCAUCGGCGUGAAGCUGACCGGCAGCUUGAAAGGAUGGACCAGCCCGAAAGACAUCAUUCUGAAAGUAGCUGGCAUACUCACCGUGAAAGGAGGCACAGGGGCCAUAGUCGAGUACUUUGGACCCGGCGUCGACAGCAUCAGUUGCACCGGUAUGGCGACUAUCUGCAACAUGGGUGCCGAGAUCGGUGCCACCACCUCGAUCUUCCCCUACAAUUAUCGUAUGCAGGAUUACUUGAAAGCGACCGGUCGCGGUGACAUCGCUGGAGCGGCUGACAUGCACAAAAAGAGCCUCCUGACCGCGGACGCGAACGCCAAAUACGAUCAGAUCAUAGAGUUGGACCUCUCCACGCUGGAACCGCACGUGAACGGACCGUUCACCCCCGACCUCGCUCAUCCCAUCUCGAAAUUGGGUGAAACUGCCAAGAAGAACGGUUGGCCUAACGAGAUCAAGGUCGGUCUAAUUGGUUCCUGCACGAACAGCUCCUACGAAGACAUGGGCCGUUGCGCGAACAUCGCGAAACAGGCUCUCGACCAUGGCUUGAAAUCCACGUCCGCGUUCAAUGUCACACCGGGAUCGGAACAAAUCCGUGCCACCAUCGAGCGUGACGGAAUCGCGCAAACGCUUCGUGAAUUUGGAGGAACCGUCCUGGCCAACGCUUGCGGGCCUUGCAUCGGUCAAUGGGACCGUCAGGACAUCAAGAAAGGCGACAAGAACACAAUCGUCACGUCGUAUAACCGUAACUUCACAGGACGAAACGAUGCCAACCCCGCGACUCACGCCUUUGUCACCAGCCCCGAACUCGUCACGGCUCUUUCUAUCGCUGGUCGAUUAGAUUUCAACCCCGUGAAGGACAAACUGAAGGGCAAAGAUGGAAAGGAAUUCCUUUUGAAAGAUCCGUUUGGCGACGAACUCCCAAGCCGCGGUUUCGACGCUGGCAUGGACACCUACGACGCACCGCCAUCCGAUGGCACGAAAGUCAAGGUCGACGUGGACUCAAAAAGUCAGAGAUUGCAGCUGCUGGAUCCGUUCGACAAAUGGGACGGUAAAGAUCUCACCGAUAUGACGGUGUUGAUCAAAGUAAAAGGCAAGUGCACCACCGACCACAUCUCCGCAGCCGGACCCUGGCUGAAAUAUCGUGGCCACUUGGACAACAUCUCCAACAACAUGUUCAUCGGCGCCGUAAACUCCGAAAAUGGUGAGGUGAACAAGAUCAAGAACCAGCUGACUGGCGAAUGGGGAGGCGUACCGGACGUUGCCCGACAUUACAAGAAGAAUGGCGUCAGGUGGGUGGCUGUUGGAGACGAGAACUACGGAGAAGGUUCGUCUCGCGAGCACGCUGCUCUCGAACCAAGACAUCUUGGCGGUCGCGCCAUCAUCGUGAAGAGCUUCGCGCGUAUCCACGAAACUAACUUGAAGAAACAGGGACUGUUGCCUCUGACCUUCGCGAACCCCAGCGAUUACGAUAAGGUUCAACCCACGGACAAGAUCAGCCUUCUGGGAUUGAAGGAUCUGGCUCCUGGAAAGCCGGUGAAAGCGGAGAUCAAGCACAAAGACGGCAAAGUCGACAGCAUCAGCUUGAACCACACGCUGAACGAGCAACAAAUAUCCUGGUUCAAAGCAGGCUCCGCUCUGAAUCGUAUGAAGGAGAUCGCAGCUGGAAAGUAAACGCGUCCGACCGUCCAGGAACUGCGAAGGACCGUCAUCGUUCGCAAAGACGUGCAAGAUCGUAGUUAGUUACGUAUAUACCGAUAACGAAUCGCGAACGAAGAUUCGUUUCGGCGCGACAUUCUAAUUUCCCAGGUAGAUGUCUGUAAUCGCGAAAGUACCGGACGAAAAGUACUCGCGGAGUCGAGAAGGUCGCUCGAAAGGAGUCUGUACGAUGAACAACGAUGGUAAUAGGUUUUUAACGCGUCUUUUUUUUCCACGACGAUAUAUCAACGCGAACGAUAAACCGCGUCGAGCGAAGCUCACGUCUAGCAAAGUUUCUAGUACUCGUUAAACCUAGGAAAGGAGUAAUCGAAUUAUUUAGAUCGCCAUGCCGGUUCCCGGCGACUGAAAUCGCGCGCUAAGAGUUCGUCUUAGUUUCUUUUUGUGGCGAAAAGCGAAGAGAAUUUUCCAUACGCACCGGUCGAACACGCAAUUCGAACGUGCCAACGUGUUCAUUUUUAAAACGUGUACAGUCCAUCGACGGCACGCCGAGAUUGCGUGAUCCUGUCAUGUGCGAGUUAUCACUUCUUGGAAUCUUGUGUAUAUAUUGUUCAUCAUGUAGGAAACAUUGUGACUAUACAGUUUUCUAGAUACGACUAACAAAAUAAAAUGUAAGAUCGCUGUUAUUAUUCGAAGAAUAAAUAAAAAAAACUCCGUA